AUGUACGAGGAUUCUUGGUAUACGCUGAUGCCCGAUCUGGGUACCAGCAAGAAGAGCCACUCCAGUAGCCACAGCCAAAGUCAUGGGCACCGUCGCAAAGAGUCUCUGCUACAACAACCCAAUGAACCGGGCCAGAUAAAUGAACCUGUCGUGCCAUUACCAAACGUCUACGAAGACAUUGAAGAUACCGACACUCCACCUGAACCAACCGUUCUUCGUCGAGCUAGCUCAUACUCCGACUUCUAUCGCGUAGUCAAGGAACAACUGUCAAAAGAUGCGCGACCACGACCUAAGAAGACAGAAAAAAAGACAAGAGCAUGGGAGGCUUUGCUGCUUCCAGACUCUAGCUAUGACGUGGACACGCAUGGGAUGAGCAGUUUCGAAUCAUACAACGAGCAAUUGCUGAAUUCCAGUCAACAAGGAUACUUACUUUAUCGCGACCAAAUUUCCAUGACAGAGCGCCACUUGGACGGACUGAUCGAAGAUGCGAAUGCGACAUUGAAACUCCUCACCUCUCUAUCGAACUCAUUCGGCUCCGUCGAGGCGCAAACAUCAACCUUCCAAUCACAAUGCGAGGAACUCUUACAAGAACAACGAAGGCUAGAAGCGUUAACCGACGAAGUUGGAACGGAUCUGCAUUACUAUGCAUACCUCGAUAAUGCGACGAGACGUCUCAAUGCGCCGGGUGCCAGUCGAUUAGUUGACGACGCUUCUUUUGGAGAAAUGGUUGAGAACAUCGACGCCUGCAUCGUCUUUAUGGAAAAUCAUGCGACAUACCGCGACCGCGAUACCUACCUUGCCCGGUAUACUGCACUUCUCACAAAAGCGCUUCAUCUCCUCGAGCAUGGCUACAAGACUCUGCUGGAAAAGGUUUCUCCUGAAAUAGGUCGACAGAUCGUCGCUACAAAGUCAGAAUCAGCUCGCCAUGCGCUUGCGUACGGUCGCUUCCAAGAUAUGAUGAUGGACUCGUACGGCUUAAUCCCCAACAUUCACCAGAUCAUACGCAGGGCAUACGAUUCAUAUGGCCAGAAGAACGAAUCUUGCACUCACUUCGAGACAUACGCGAACACGGCCAACAACAUCUUCCAUACCCAUCUCACAACUCGAGACCGCGACCUCAAGGUGCUAACACAAUAUGAUAUUGCCGAGUUCCACAAAGAGGUAAAGAGCCUGUCAGCUGAGACAGCAUCACGCAAUUUUAUCAAGCAGUGUUUUGAGCGCAUGUAUAACGAAGAGAGUCUGUUUAUGAAACUCUUUGACGUGGAUCCUGUGUGGACACAAGCAGCGCAUUCUGUUUUCCAGGCCAUCAAACCCAUCAACACGACCAUUGCUCACCCUGGUAACUUGACACCAUUGGUCACCAAUCUCCAGACUGUCCUGCAGACGGCCCCAAUAGAGACAACGUGCAAUGUUGUGGGUUUACUUGCAAAUGAAUAUUUUGGUGCUGAUCUCGAUGACGAGGAGUCUCCAUACUUCAUCAAGUGCAAACAAUAUACCUCACAACUCUUGGCGCAUCACUUAUGGCCCAUGACAGACACUGUGUUCGAGGCUGAGGUGUCGAAAACUAUUGCUAAGGCUCCCAUGCAAGAUGCCGCCCUGAAGAUCGGACCUGUGGUAGGAGGAGUAGCAUCGUCAAACGCCCAUCCUUUGGUUAAGCAGGCCAUCAAACUGUUGGGCAUGUACGACAAUUGCAUGCCCAAGGACAGAUCAUCGAAGAGCAGCUCGGUUGUCUUCAACAUUGUACGGGAAACUAUUCAUGUGCUCCAGCGCGCAGAGGCGAGGAUACAGUCAUUGAAGGCUGGCACGGAUCCUGACCUGUUCAUGGUGAAGAAUUUGCUCAUCAUAAAGAAUGAGCUGGUUUCAUUAGAGAUUGGUGAUAUCCGAAACCACGGUGCUUCAAUGCAGCACUUUGUUCAUAUAUGGGAUACACUCAGCCCCCAGAACUGGGUUGGGUUCUUCUCGAAUAUCAUCGGUGGUGGUCUAUGGUCCCGAGGUACUCCGUCUGUGACAGCGAAGACAUUAACCGUCGAGGACAUGAACGAGCAACUGGACGAACUACUCCGCCAAUCUAUCUACAACUUCACACAUCGCUGGGGCGCUCUGAUGAACGACUCCCAGAACAGGAAGCCAGGCGUGAAGCCGAUUGCCAAGGUGGAAACCGAGCUCGAAACCCUACUCACAACUGCGUUCAGUAACCAGCCAGAAGUGGUAGGGAAGCUUAAGGAGGCCAUUGAGCAGCACGCGCAGGCCUUGAAUGAUGCGAAAGAUGGGAAACAGGGAGCGAGACGAUACUGA